AUGGGGACUAGUGUACAAUACAAUUCUGGCCCAGAGCCAAAGCUGGAGCCACUGCUUCAACACGGCUUAUACGACGUCCACUUCUCCCAAGCGACGGAUAAAGAAUUCUGGGACGAUGGUCCGAUAGAUAUCUAUGAAGCUUUUGCUCAACAUUCCUACAAGACUUUAGAGACGUGUAACAAUUCGUGUGACUUUAAAGACGAUCUAUGUGAAGCCAGGACAAUGGAACAAUUUGAUUUAAUUAUUUCAAGAAAUUUAAUACAGAAGCAGAAACCGUUUCUUGCAAGAGGGCAGUAUGUUUUUGAAUGGGAGAAAAAAUAUUUGAGUUAUCCCCCUUUGAACGAUACUAAAACGCUGCCAGAUUUGAAGUUGUCUAAAGUGACAGUUGAAAACACAAGACAAGGUGUGGUCGGGUGUAAGAUACUUGAAACUAUACACGGUCGUCUGGAUGUCGUGGAUGGGUACGGGCGUCAGAGAACCAAGGGAGACGAUGUGGUCAGGGUGUGGAUGAAGGGAGGUAAUAAUUCGGAUUACGCUGUUGUUGGUAACGUCACAGAUUUACAAAAUGGCAGCUAUACCUUCUCUGUCAAAUGUUUGUGGGCUGGUAGCUCUAAGCUUCACGUGGCCAUCGCCUACCCUCGUGAGUUCAUCAGGACGGUCAUACAUCAGGUACACACAGGUGUAGCCAGGUACAUGGUGGCUACAUUCGAUCAUGGGAUGGCCCGAGAGGACACCAUCUGUUUCCAUACCCCAAACAUACCAGGCUGGGAGUGUAUCUGUAACUUCAGCAAGUUUGGUUAUGAGAAUUAUUACUGUGGUAGACCGAGACAUCCGAGUCAAGCAGCAGAACGUCUUGUAGAAAACAAUUAUCUAAUAACCACAGAAAAUACAGUGGAAGAAAAUCUUCUGCAUCUUCAAUCGUGUCGAAAGUCCAACAAACGCGUCACGUGGACUCAAACGACCCCCAAAGGUUUCUGGUCCCCGGGUCAGGUCUGGUCCUCCCUCGUCUGUCAAGACCCUGGGGUCAUCAACUCCAGCUGGACCCUGAACUGUCUCCGUGACAGCUCUGUGUGGAUCUUCGGCGACUCCAACGCCCGAGAAACCUACAACUACCUUUUAAAUCUAACCCAGUGUGAACACGUCCAGGGAGGGUACCAAUACUGGGGACAUUGUUUCCAGCCCAUGUACAGUCUCAGCAUAAAUGUGAAUUCUCACGAGGGUCCUAAGUACACACACGCAUGGUCUUCUGACUAUUUCACCGUCCCAAGUUUUAUACAGAAACUACCAAAAAACCAGAAACAUAUUCUGAUCAUUCAGUAUUACCUCCACUACACGGCUGCCCAUUUCGCUGUGCUGUCGUUACGUAUGAAAUCUCUGAGAGCCGCCAUAGAAAAACUGCUUGAAGAAAACCCCAACGUCUUGAUUGGACUUAGAGCUCCUCAUAUCUCAACGUGGGAGUAUAAUGAAAACCAUGCAACAGGGGGAGACGCUUUAGGGCCCCAGUACAUGGAGAUUAUACGAGAACGGUUCAGAGGUUUAGAAGAUAAAGUCGUGCUGUUGGAUCUAUGGGAGAUGACGAUUGGAAUCGAGAACGCUGAUUUUCACCCACCGGCGUUUGUUAACAGGGAGAUGAUUAAGUUUUUGUUGUCUUUUCAGUGUUUGUGA